CUAGAGCGCCCCUUGCCCCUCACCGGCCGAUCUCUCCGGGUGGAUCGGGUACUUGAUGGCAACGCGCCCACUCUGCUCGAUGUAAGGUAUCCGGUACCUCUGAACCUUACCAUGUCUCGAGUAAGUGACGUACUCGCCCUCCAUCCCGUACUUCCUGUCCAAUGACAUUGGCCGAGUCCCCCAACCGCGUCGUUUGCGGACUGUGCUGCAGCAGCCAUUUACUACUCGUCUAGGCUUAGAUGAGGAAUGAUCCGAUGACUUGGCAGUCUGAGGCCCAGGGCACAGCCAGUGUGCAUACCAGACGAACGCAGGCAUCGUUUUACUCCGCACCGGCUGAAAAGGAGGAGACGAGUCUCGUGUUCGGGGGCUGGAGCACGCAGGCCAAAAUGGCCUCGCCACCCAGCAUCUUGUGUCUGUCCAACUCUUCCUCUUCCUGUUCAUCUGCCCAUCGUGCAAUAACUGCGUGUCGUUUUUUAUCCCAACAUCAAGCGUCCAUCCAUGAAUUGUCCCUCUCACACGACCAAGAUGCUCCUACGGACGGCCCCGUAAUAGACAAUGGCUCUACUGCGGGACUCUCGGGCUGUACACCGAGCCCCGCUGUGGGCCUCAUAGCACGAUGCAUCGCAUGUUUUGCCGCCAGGUCAGCACACGUCCAGGCCACGGGUGAAGAAGCGCCGCCCCAUUGCGCCGAAACAAGAGAGAAUAUAACUCGAACGUAUCGUCAUGACAACCAGUGCCUCAAUCCGGAUGGCAUAUUCAAUUGGAAAAAAGACCACCGCAAACUGAAACUUCGCACCUAUGACUGCCCUGUGACCCGAUUUCGAGAGUCAUCCGAAACUCGCAGUUCUCGUUACGAGAAUCUCCCAAGCACAAUACACCAAGCGCAUAAUUAUCCUCAUAGAAUUACUAGAUAGACGCAAGGGGCGAAGAUGGGGGAAACCCGGAACCUUCCUCUACUGCUUAUUUUUCCCAGUACGCAUACCUACCAGUAUCGCAUACUAAUGGUUUGAAGUGAUCAAAACCGCCAUAUACCCAUUAUCCCGAUGACGACCAAUUGCUCCUCUCGAAUUUGACCGUGAUCAUGCCGUUAUGCUCUG